AUGGCGCCAGAGCCUAACUCCUCGUGGGUUCUGGGAUACCUCGAGAGCCGCGCCUAUGGUCGAUCCUCGAUACAACCCGGAUUAAAAAUGACGCUGGUGGAAGCUUGGUCUCGAAACCCCCACCUUGUCAGCUUUCAAGCCACCUACAAUGUUCCCUUACCCUGGGCUGUUCCUCUGCAGAAGAGGCCUGAGGACGAUACCUAUCAGAUUCUAUCAACUUGGCCCUUCAAGAUCGUGUUCGACAACAGCCUCGGCGUUGCUCAUCUUAUCUCAACCGGGAACGGAAACUUGGACCGCAAUGCCGUCAACGAGGCGCGAUACUACUUCACAGGCAUGCUCCGUUGGGCUCGCGACGUACGAGUCUCAGGCCGAGUGUGCAGCAUCAGACCAUACAUGCAAGGUGGACAGAAUGCACUUAAUCUUGCUGCGGGCCAGCAGGUCGCUCUGUCUAGAGCGCUCUGGCAGGCAUUGAAGACACUCAAAGAUCUAGGGGAUGAAACACUUGCUCCGAGACCGCUUGCUUCUGUUAAAACCAAGAAUCUCUUGUUGCCUUUAACACCCCAUGCGAAGAGGUACGCACCAACUAUUGAUAUGUACAGCAAGAUUUCAAAGAAGCAGAAGAAACUGUCAUAUCUCUGUGAGGUGGAUGAAGAUUCAGAGUGA